ACAACACUGGCAGCAUGUCGACGUUUUACGAAAGCCGGAAUAACCGCAGAAUAUUUAGUCGAGAUUAUAUUCAGGAAUAAAGUAUAUAUAUAUUAGAAUCUGAAGAAAUGCACAUUUCCAUCGUAUACACAACAAUAGCCGCUGUCUUGGCGCUCGGCUGCCUGCAAGUGUCAACAUCAGAGCAUGUAAACAAAACCGCCGAAUUCAUUGCCACAGAUGAAUGGCAGGUGGUAGCCGAAGGUCAGGCCAUACCGAAGGGACUACACGUGCGCAUUAAUCUGCAGACAGGUCUUAAGGAAGCCAAGUUACUGGAUGAAAGCGAACGUAGUACUGCAAUUCAGAAUCAAUCCGGCGACGACGAUGCAGGAUCCACAAAUGAACCGCUGUCGCUGGAGUACAAAGCGGACAUCAUUGAAGAGUCGGUGCGCAAGGUGAAGCAAGAACGCAGCUAUGCGGAACUGCGCAAAGCCUAUAAGGAUUUCCAAAAGAACUUUCGCACUGACGGCGAGCUAAUCGUUCAGCUAAUAGAACAAUAUCGAAAUUUUAGCAAAACGCCCCUAGAGUCGGAGCUGAAGGCCAAGCUGAAUACUCUGGAGAAUCUUGAGUAUUUGCUGCAUCAGAUUGACAAUGCUCUCGUUUUUAUUGAUAGUGGUGGGCUGGACGAUGUCCUCCUCCCUAUUGUGGUGAACGAUACCAACGCAGAUCUGCGUGUUUCUGCGAUGCGUGUUUUGGGCGCCCUGGCCGGCAACAAUCCCAAGGCGCAAAUUAAGGUCUUUGAACGCAAUUUCGGUUCACAUCUGGCACAAAUCCUCAUGUCCUCGACCAGUAGCUCAGAAAUCUCUUCGGCCAUGCAUGCGUUUGGUGCGCUAUUGCGCAAGUUUCCAUUGGCCCAGCAACGCAUCCUGUCCACAUCGGGCACAAAGGCACUGAUUGGUGUCCUGCGCAGCACAGAGAUAGAGCUGCGCACUAAGGCCAAAGUGGUUACACUGCUUAGCGACUUGGUGCUGGAGAAGCGAUAUGUGAUCGAAGCUAGCAAAGAGUCGUCGGAUGCCGUCUCUACUUUGGCGCAAUAUGUGCUUAUAGAGUUUGAGUCGUGGCUUCCAUCACACGGGUAUUGUGACACCCUAGAGGCAGUGCUCAGCAAGGAUUAUGUGCACUUACUGGACCAACCGGAGGUCGUGGAACAAUUUACAGAUGGUCUAGAGAACACCAACAGUCUGUGCCAACCACUCUGGUCACAAAGUGCGGCUCUGCGACAUGCACUGCUCACCAUGCGCAACAGAUUCGCACACAGCCAGGAUGAGUAUCGGUUGGAAGUAUCGCAGGCUCUGGCACGGCUCUGUGAGCGUUUAUACAACAAGCGCAGCCACACAGAGCUAUAGAGCAGCACAUGAAGUUUAGUAUAUAAAUUAAAGUAUUGAACUGAUUCUAAUGCAUAAGCUGAAAUUAGUACCAAUUUAAGCCAAAAUCCUUUAAUAAAACCCCCGUAGCAAGUGCCAAAAAACUACUCUUAAA